AUGCAAAACGAGGGAGCUUUAUGAAGGAAUCCGUCUUGUAAAGCCAUUGGUCCUGGUCAUCAGCCUCUACCCAAUGCUUUCGUGAUGCUGCCGCUGAUCUAUUUGGGAAGUUGGCUGGCUGGCGAGGCAGAGCCUCUCCUCAAAGCCUGGCUCCCACGGAAAAUAUGCUCAGUGCAGCCGCGUGCAUGAAUGAAAACGCCGCCGGGCGCUUCUAGUCGGGCAAAAUGCAGCCGAGAACUCCGCUCCUGUGCGUCCUCCUGUCCCAGGUGCUGCUGCUAACAUCUGCAGAAGAUUUGGACUGCACUCCUGGAUUUCAGCAGAAAUUGUUCCAUAUCGAUCAGCCAGCUGAAUUCAUCAAGGACCAGGCGAUUCUAAACUUGACCUUCAGUGACUGUAAGGGGAAUGACAAGCUACGCUAUGAGGUUUCAAGCCCAUACUUCAAGGUGAAUGAUGAAGGCGGCUUAGUGGCCCUGAGAAACAUAACCGCAGUGGGCAAGACGCUGUUCGUUCACGCCCGGACUCCCCAUGCGGAAGACAUGGCAGAACUCGUGAUUGUCGGGGGGAAAGACAUCCAGGGCUCCAUGCAGGAUAUAUUUAAAUUUGCCGGAACUUCUCCUGUCCCAAGACAAAAGAGGUCCAUUGUGGUAUCUCCCAUUUUAAUUCCAGAGAAUCAGAGACAACCAUUCCCAAGAGAUGUUGGCAAGGUAGUCGAUAGUGACAGACCGGAAGGGUCCAAGUUCCGGCUCACCGGAAAAGGAGUGGACCAAGAGCCUAAAGGAAUUUUCAGAAUCAAUGAGAACACGGGUAGCGUCUCUGUGACACGGACCUUGGACAGAGAAACGAUCGCUACUUAUCAACUAUUUGUGGAGACCACUGAUGUCUAUGGCAGAACUCUUGAGGGGCCAGUCCCUCUGGAAGUCAUCGUGAUUGAUCAGAAUGACAACAGACCAAUCUUUCGGGAAGGCCCCUACGUUGGCCACGUCAUGGAAGGAUCACCUACAGGGACCACGGUGAUGCGGAUGACAGCCUUUGACGCGGACGACCCCGCCACAGAUAAUGCCCUGCUGCGGUAUAAUAUCCGUCAGCAGACGCCUGACAAGCCGUCUCCCAACAUGUUCUACAUCGAUCCUGAGAAAGGAGACAUCGUCACCGUGGUGUCACCCGCACUGCUGGACCGGGAGACUCUGGAAAAUCCCAAGUAUGAAUUAAUCAUCGAGGCUCAAGAUAUGGCCGGACUGGAUGUUGGAUUAACAGGCACGGCCACAGCCACAAUCAUGAUCGAUGACAAAAAUGAUCACUCGCCAAAAUUCACCAAGAAAGAGUUUCAAGCCACCGUCGAGGAAGGAGCUGUGGGAGUUAUUGUCAACUUGACAGUGGAAGACAAGGACGACCCCACCACAGGCGCGUGGAGGGCUGCCUACACCAUCAUCAACGGAAACCCAGGGCAGAGCUUCGAAAUCCACACCAACCCUCAAACCAACGAGGGGAUGCUUUCCGUCGUCAAACCUCUGGACUAUGAGAUUUCCGCCUUCCACACCCUGCUGAUCAAAGUGGAAAACGAGGACCCGCUGGUACCCGACGUCUCCUACGGCCCCAGCUCCACGGCGACCGUCCACAUCACCGUCCUGGAUGUCAACGAGGGUCCGGUUUUCUACCCAGACCCCAUGAUGGUGACCAGGCGGGAGAACAUCUCCGUGGGCAGCGUGCUGUUGACAGUGAAUGCCACGGACCCCGAUUCUCUGCAGCAUCAAACCAUCAGGUAUGCUGUUUACAAAGACCCAGCAGGCUGGCUGAAUAUUAACCCCAUCAAUGGGACUGUUGACACCACAGCCGUGCUGGACCGAGAGUCCCCAUUAGUCCACAACAGCGUGUACACUGCCCUCUUCCUAGCAAUCGACAGUGGCAACCCUCCUGCUACUGGUACAGGAACUCUGCUGAUCACCCUGGAAGACGUGAACGACAACGCUCCCUUCAUUUACCCCACAGUCGCUGAAGUCUGUGAUGAUGCCAAGAACCUCAGUGUAGUCAUUUUGGGAGCAUCAGAUAAGGAUCUUCACCCAAAUACAGAUCCUUUCAAAUUUGAAAUCCAUAAACAAACCGUUCCUGAUAAAGUCUGGAAGAUCUCCAAGAUCAACAAUACGCAUGCCAUGGUGAGCCUUCUUCAAAAUCUGAACAAAGCAAACUACCACCUGCCCAUUAUGGUGACAGAUUCAGGGAAACCACCCAUGACGAACAUCACAGACCUCAGGGUACAAGUGUGUUCCUGCAAGAACUCCAAAGUGGACUGCAAUGCAGCAGAGGCCCUGCACUUCAGCAUGACCUCAGUCCUGCUCAUCUCUCUCUUCAGUUUAGCCUGUCUGUGAGAACUCCUGACGUCUGAAGCUUGACUACCAAGUUUCCAUAGCAACAGGAAAAAGAAAA